UAGAGUUCCGUCAGCAUGUCGCAACAGAAGCAAAAAUCACUGGAGUCCAAUCCCACCGCCAGGUGGCGCCUGGAAGGACACCACCGAAGUGCGAUAGCCUGCUUCUUCGGAGAAUUUGUGGCGACUGCCGUCUUCGUCUUCAUCGCCUGCAUGGGCUGUGUGGAGACGCCCCUCUUCCAGAACUCGCACUUCCGCAGUGGCCUCACCUUCGGCCUGGCCAUCCUCAUUGCCAUCCAGUGCUUCGGCUCCGUCUCCGGUGCCCAUCUGAAUCCGGCCAUCACCCUGGCCGCCUGGCUGUACGGCGUGAUCGGUUGGAUCAGGGCCAUCGCUUACUUCGUGGCCCAGGCUGCCGGAGCCCUGAUUGGCUAUGGUCUCCUGGUGGCUGUGCUGCCGGAGAGCGCCAUCCAGGGAGUGGACAACCCGCCGGGUGUUUGCGUGACAGUUCUGGCCCCCGGGAUCAGCGAACUGCAGGGUGUCUUCAUCGAGUUCCUCAUCACCUGCUGCCUGGUCAUGGUGGCCUGUUCGGUGUGGGAUCCGCGCAACGCCAAGCUCCAGGACUCGGUGCCCGUGAGAUUCGGCCUCACCGUCUCCUGUCUGAUCCUCACAGCGGGCCUCUUCACGGGAGCCAGCAUGAAUCCGACCAGGUCCCUGGGUCCCGCUGUUUGGAACGACUCCUGGGCACACCACUGGAUCUACUGGGUGGGUCCUUUGGUGGCAGGAGCUGUGACCUCGCUGAUCUAUCGGAUGGCUUUCAAGGGCGACGAGGAGAUCGAUCUGAGAAGUUCCGAUGCCAAGAUACGAAUGAUCGGCGAGGUGGUAGUAGUGCAAUUCAAUCGCUCCUCCCGACGCACGGCAAUCAUGGCAACAUCAGCAAGCCAAUCCAACUGCUGGCUGCUGCAGCGCCGCCAGCUGGACAACAUCACCACAGUUCUUGCCGAGAUGAUAGCCACCGCCAUGCUGAUGUUCCUCGGAUGCAUGGGCUGCGUCCAGAACUCCGUCUUCACCAACUCGAACUUCCAGAGCGCCGUGAACUUUGGCUUCGUGGUGCUCAUCUGCAUCCAGUGCUUCGGCUGUGUGUGUGGUGCCCAUCUAAAUCCCGCCGUCACCCUGGCCACCUACGUAUACAACAAGAUCUCGCUGCCGAUGGCUGUGGCCUACUUUGUGGCCCAGAUGGUGGGCGCCUUCAUUGGAUACGGACUGCUGAAGGCGGUGCUCCCGGAGAACGCCAUCUACAGCACGGACACCCCCCAUGGCGUGUGCCUCACGUCGCUCAACAGCACCCUGACCCCUUGGCAGGGCCUGGCCGUGGAGUUCCUGAUCACCUGCGUCCUCAUCUCCAUCUGCUGCGGCGUCUGGGAUCCCCGCAAUGCCAACCAGCAGGACUCGGUGCCGGUGCGAUUUGGACUGGCCAUCGCAUGCCUGUCGCUCACAGCGGGCCAACUGACUGGAGCUAGUAUGAAUCCAGCCCGAUCUUUCGCACCUGCGAUCUGGAACGGAGCCUGGGAUGACCAUUGGAUCUACUGGGUGGGUCCCAUGGCGGCAGCCCUGGUCACCUCGGUGAUCUACAAGCACGCCUUCCGGCGGGAGCUGGAUGAAUCGGAGGUGGACGAGACCACGAUGUCAACCAAGCGAACUUCGGAGGCGGAGCUCGCCUAGAUUGAUGUACUGCCCAUAGGACAAGUUAUCUUUUAAGUUCGUGUGAGUUGAAAGCGGUUAGUUUUAAGUGCGAAGCGUGCAAAUAAAUACCUUAUAUGAUUCCUA